CGAGCUCAAGUCGAAUUAUUAAAGCGAGGCGAACUCUAGCCGCUUGCUCGCCUGCAUUUUCAGCACGGAAUGGGCAUCUUUGACUGCUUCAAGCCGCAUGUUAAGCAGGAGGAGCUUCCAAGGGAGGAGCAGGAGGCACUCAAACCGCCCGAAAACCGCCCGAAAACCCUUGCACCAGCCAGCGUGCCGGCCGGGCCAGCACCUUGCAGUGCUCUCGCUGCAGAGGCACUCGAUGGCCUCCAGGCUGCGCUUCUGUCAGCCCCGGUACACUCGUGGCUAAGUCGAAUUUCGGGGCUGCUGCGCGCUUUCGAGGACCGGGGCAUGUGUGCUCGGCUCUAUGGCCUCGUGGAGACGGCGUCUGGCCUCACGGGCGUGGACUGGGACCUGGUGCUCAUAGCGGUGGGCGCGCACGCCGCUGCCGCCUCAGCGGCGGCGCUGGCAGUGGUUGCGGGCGCUCCCGGGCUCGGCGGGGGUCCCGGCCGCAGCUCGGGCUCCACCAUUGCCAGCGCGACGGCGGUUGAGGAGGGCGUGCGCAUGGAGUUACUGAGCCAGGCUCACAACGUGCGGGCGCCGGCGACACGCGUCGUCUACCCGCGCGACACCUCCGCGCCGUCGCCGCUGGCGCCUGCCGGCUGCGUGACCUCGCCCUCGAGCUUCCGUUGCAUCCACAUGGCCGCGGUGCCGCUGAUGCAGGGCGACCGCAUGGUCGGCGCCCUGCUGCUGGAGGAGCGGCACACAGCGCCGGCCACGGCACCUGUGACGUCCGAAACCCACACCUCCGUUAGCAUCCUCAGCACCGGCCUGGGCCCCUCCAACACGCACGUGCCCGUGUCGGGCCCGCGCGCGCUGGCGGCGACGCUGGGCAACUCGACCUUGUCGGUGUUCGUGGCGGCGUCGGGAGCAACGGCAGCCGGCGCGGCCACGUCGGGUCACAUGGCUCCGUCGCCGGCCGCGGCGCUGCUGCGGGACACAGACAUGUUGCGGUCGCUGUCCUUCACCGCGUCCAUGUGCCUGAUGGGCUCGGGCUCGGACAAACUGCUGUGGCUGGCGCAGUCGGUGAUCCGGCUGCGCAGCGCCGGCAGCCUGCAGGCGCUGGUGUGUGAGCUCGUGGAGGCGGUAGUGGAGCACGUUAAGCGCCGCUUCAUACUGGAUGCAUACGUGGGCGUGGCGAUGGUCCCGCCCGCGCAUCCGCAGCCCAGCGGCACUUCCGCGCCUACCAGCGACGGCAGCGCGCCGGCGACUGCGCCGUCGCCACUGCCGCAGACGGAGGCGAAAGCGCUGCUGGGCCUGCUGCUGCGGCUGCAGCCGAGCGCCGGCAGCGGUGUGGUGUGCGAUGUCACCGGCAGCUGUUUGGACGAUGCGGUUUACGGAGCCGGCGAAACCAUGGGCGGCGUUACCGGCACCCGGUCGGCGUCCCGACGGGGCCGCCGGAGCCUGCUGACGCCGCAAAUGGGGCGAGUCAGCGCGCCCACCAUCCCAACAUCGGCGACCGCGGCGGCGGCGGCCGCGGCGGUAGGGGCAACGCCGGGUACUGCAGGCGCGGGGGCUUUAGCGGGUGUCGCGACGACUAUCAACAGCACCAGCCCCUUGAGGGCGGGGCCAACUGGAGAAGCAGACACAGCCCCCAGCCUUCGUUCCAUCUCGCGCUUCUUUUCGUCGCUUGCGAACGGCGCUGGGGCCGCCGCCGGCGCCCCCACCAAUGGCGGCAGCUCGCACACGCCGCGGCCGCUCUCGGGCGCACACUACACAGCUGGCUUGGGUAGCUUCGCCGGCCGCAACCUCUCCGCCGCGUCCGUGGUGAUUCCGCUGUCGGCGGCGGACGUGGCAACGGUGAACGCUGCCGCGGCCGGCGGCGGGACCGCCCCUGCGGCGCUGCACGCCAACGCGUUCCCGAUGCAGCACACGCUGCUGGCGACGGUGCUGGCGCUCCGGCAGCAAGAGGCGGCGGCGCUGCGGGAGCGGGAGCGGCUGCUGGGCAUUCGCUCCACGCCAAACGUCGGCGGCGGUGGAGCCGAUACCGCCGCACUGCCCGCUGCUGCUGCGGUUACGGCGACCACAUCCACCGCCGCGGGGCAGGCUGCGGCGGCAGCAGCUGCUGCCGCGGCGACGGCGGCGGUGGUUGAUGACACGCAGCUGUAUGUGCAGGGCGUGCACAACCCCAGCCGCGACAUAGUGCUGCUGUGCUCCGUGCUGGCACAGGCGCACGCUGCCGCCGGUGCGCACCACCCUGCCCCUAACACCGCCGCCGGGCCGCACGCAGCAGCUGCUGGCGGCCCCCCCGGCGGCAGCGCCGCGGCGCAGACGCGCGCAUCCACUGCCAGUGGCAUGCUGGCCGCUGCCAUCACGAGCCCGAUCGCGCGCCCGACGUCAAACGGCGCACACAGAGCCGCCUCCGGCGCGGCCGUAGCCGUCACGUCAGGCAACUUCGCCACGAACGCCACGGCGGCGCUGGGCUCAGCGGCGCCGGGGCCGCCUGCGCCGCCACAAUCGCUGGUGCUGCUCACACUGUCUCUAGAACGGACCGGAGCGAGCGAGCCCGGAGGCCGGGUCCCGCCGGUGCCGCCGCCUCUGGCAGGAGGGCCAGGCGGCAGCAGCGAUGCCGGCGCUGCGCUGGGCCUGUAUGUGUGCUUCGCGCAGCGGCUGCCGGCAGCGCUGCUGGAGGCGGUGCGGGAGAGCUGCCAGGAGCUGAUCGACCAGGCCCUGGCAUCGCCGUUUCGCGAGCAGCUGCGCGGCCCGCUGGCGCCCGAGUAUGAGCUGCUCAAACAGGCUCAAGUGGGGACGUACGCGGUACUGCGUGGCGCCGGACUGGGCGGCGGCGGCGCCCUGGAGGACCCGCACGUCCCAACUGGCGCCAGUGGGCCAGGUGGGGCCGUGCGCGCCGAUGCAGCGCUGCUUGAGUCGCUGCUGGGGCGCAGCCGGCGGCUGGUCGUCACUACUGGCGGCGACGCCGGCGGCAGCAUGGGCACGGCCCUCAGCCCCAGCAGCAUGCUGACGAGUAGCUACCUGACCACUGCGGACCUGGACGUCGUGCAUGCACAGCAGCAGGACAAAACCGCCGCUGAGGCCGCCUUGCGAGGCUCCUCAAGCAUGCGCCGCGCCUCCCUGCUGGGCAUGGACCCGCGGCAGGGCGGCGCCAGCCACAUGCCCGGCCGCACCGCCGGCAGCUCUGCCGCGGCCGCAGGCCAGCGCGCUCUCCGCAUUCCCUCGGGAACGGCUGGCCGCAGCCCUAGCAUGACGUUGGCGCGCAGCGUCACGCUGGGCCUGGCGGCGGGCGCCACGGCCGCCAGCACGUCAGCGAGCCGCAACAUUACACCAAACGCGGGCACGGCCGCGGGCGGCGAGGGGCGCGCGCUGGAGACCGGCGGCAGCAGCCUGGCGAGGACGGCGACGAUGCCGGCUGAGGACAUCCUGGACCUGCUGCUGGGCACCGGGGACCUACCCACCACGGGCACAGGUGAAGGCCUCACGCCGGGCGGCCCGGGCCGCAGCGCCUCCAUCAUCCACGUCACGGGCGUGGAGGCGGGCGGCGCCACGGCGCAGAAGCAGAUGGACCUGCUUGUGUCCAGCAUCCAUGCUACGAUUCAUGCAUCGGCCGUCAGGAACGGGGCGACAGGGGGCACAUUCACGAGCGACUUGGAGCAGCUGGAGCUGCAAGAGGUGCUGGGCCGCGGCGGCGGCGGUGUGGUGCUUAAGGGACUGCUGAACGGCACCCUGCAAGUGGCAGUCAAGCUCAUGGAAAUGCCGGACGUCGAGGGCGAGGUUGACGCGGCCGCAGCCGCUGCGGCCGCGCCGCCCGGCCCGGACGGCGGGCCGGCGCCCGCCGCCGCCCCAAACCCAGCCAAGCAGCUGCGCGCCCGGCGGGAGCUGCUGCGCAACGCAAUGGAGCUAGCGGUGCAGGGCAGUGCGAGCCACCCCAACAUCGUCCAGUUCUACUCCACAUUCAACAACGUGGCGCUACGGAGCCGUGCGGCGCCGGACGAGCAGGCGGGCGGCAUCACUGACCCGCGAUCGCUGUACCUGGAGCCCGCGCCGCCGGUGCCUGCUGAGAUGGGCGACAACGAGGCGCGUGUGACGUGCAUCCUGGCGGAGUAUUGCGACGCGGGGUCGCUCGGGGCGGCGCUGCAGAGCCGCGCCUUCCCGCGCCUGGCGCGGACGCCGGUGCGCGCAGCGGCCUACGGCGUGUAUUCCUCAUCGUUCAUGUACGACAUGAAGGGCGUGUACAUGGUGCUGCUGGACGUGGCGCUGGCGCUGAGGCACCUGCACUCCAUGAACCUGGUGCACCGAGAUGUUAAGCCCGCCAACCUUCUACUCAAGUCCAACCCCAGUGACUACCGCGGAUUCACCGUCAAGCUUGCGGACUUUGGGUUCGUGCUGCACCUCAACGAGAAGGGAGAGGACGGCGGUCGCUUCGCCAACGUCGACCAGGCUUGCGGCACGGUUACGCACAUGGCGCCAGAGUGCAUGCCCGGAAAGGCCAAAAUUGACGCGUCCGCUGACAUCUACAGCUUUGGCAUUCUGUGCUGGGACCUCCUGGCCGGCGGCGCCCGGCCUUUUCCGCAAGUGCACCCGGACAAGAUCCCGCGGAUGGUGUACAAGGGCGCCCGGCCCACGUUCAGUGACAACGUCCCGUCCGCGUACAGGACCCUGGCGCAGCAGUGCUGGGGCGCCACCCCCUCGCGCCGCCCCAAGGCCAACGAGCUGGUCACCAUCAUCACACAGCAGCUGCAGGCGCUGUAGCCUGCAGGCCGCGCUUGGGAUCUAUCCAGCAAGUAUAUAUAUCUAGCGGUGGCGGUGGCAGUGAGGCAAGUAGGUUGCCGCCCUUCCUGUCGCUGCCUGCAGCACGCACCUGCUGCUACUAGCGACGUACGGAAGGCGUUCAGGGCCAGGGCAAGAGCCUUACGAUUAUUCAUGCGGUCGUCGUUCAUGUUCCCCAAAGCUGUGAGUGGCUUUACUCUCAGCAAAGCUUGUUAUGGCUGUGCGGCCCUUGACACUGCUGAGACUCCCAGGGCUGUGGCACAACUGUGCCGACGUGCGCACGCGGGGCGUACGAUGCAACUUUUCUCAUGUACGAUGCGUGUUGUUUCUUAUGUAGGGACAAGUCCACUGUUUGCAUGCGUUGCCCAAAAUACAGUAGGCAUACUUUAUUCCUGAAGGGGCAUAAGGCAAAGAUACUCAUGAGACCAAUCGGUCAUCAAGUGCCCGUGCAGGGCUCUGUGCCCGUGCAGGACUGCUGUCAUACGAUCACCUAAUUGAGCAUCGCAUACACAGCGCACACGUAGUACACGCAUAAUCCAACUAAUUUGAGGAGGCCGUAGCCUCCCUUGCGGCAGCAUGUGGAACGUGCAUGUGAUUUCGCAGGGCAAUCUUUGUGUGCUUCGCAUGAUUCGGGUUCAAGCACAUUCGGGGGCUCAUCAAGUGUGAUGGCAUUCAUAAGCUGCGGCGGUUGUCCUUUAUGUGUGGAUGUACCGUGCCGUGUGGGUGGCGAGCUUGCGGGUCGAGUUGAUGGGCACGCUACAGUGCUCUUGCUGCUGGGAUAAUGUGGCACAACAAUAGGCAGGCUGCCGGGGACAGCAGUAUUCGGGCACUGUCCUGGAUGCGCGUUCUGCAGCUCAAAUCCUGUUCUGCAAAUGCCGGCAUCCGUGCAGGCGUGGCCCGUGGCGGCCUUAGUCGGGCAGCACUGUUAUACGUUGGGAAUAAGCCACACAAGGUGAAUGGCGAUAACUAACUUUCACAGCAACACGACUUGGAUGGCCGGGUAUGGCUGGGCAAGCAUUAGGCCAUGCCCUGUGGUGCUCGUCGGGCCAGUCGUCGGGGCUCGUGCGCCAUCAGCCAGGGCGGGCCGACACGUGGUAUUGCUGGGGGCCACUUGUUUCAACCACAUUCUGAGGAUCUAUUCCUGGGGCUUAUGCGCGCUGUUGAGUGGCUGGGCGUCCGUCACGGCAGGUAACGCGUCAUGGUGGCACAGGUGGCACGUGGGCAUGGGUGAGAAGGUGUGUGUGUUGGUGUUGCUGAGGAACUAGUUGAGCACGGACGCUCGAGAGGGCUGAUUAUGUUUGCAGGCAAUUGUGCUGUCCUUAGUCCAUUGUGUGUGGUAGUAUAUGAUUGUCCCUGUGUCGACAGUUGCGGCAGGCACAGCGCAUGGCACUGUGAUGCGUAUGGGGCAUGGAUGGUUGGGGGCAGUGCGGCGUGUCGAGGCGUUGUUGAUUGGUCACAAUUUACAAAGUGAGUGAGGCGAACGUCUCACUUGCAUUCAUACAAUUUAGCCUGUGCUGUACCGGGCGUGUCACUCGCGUGCCGUUGCCGGUGAUUGCCACUGGUGCGUGACCAGGCAUACAUCAGCUGAGGGCGCCUUGAUGCGGCGGUGCUGUUGCGCGUCGCUGUCCAGCGGGAGUGCCUCCACAAGGGCUUUUCGUUUCCUUAAUCCAGCGGGAAUCCAGCGGGUCCUACUUGGAGGCUAUAAAUACUGGUAUAGGUGAUCACGGCUCUGAACCAGUUGUGUGGUACGUGGUGCGAGCCAGGGCGGUGGUGUUUGCAGUAGCGGGGGCUGGACACGACAUACCAUGAAGUACGGAGGUUCGGAUGACGGCGUUGGGGCCAAUCGCGGCGGAAGCAGUGGAAGGUGUGAAGCGGCACGGCAUUGAUACAGACGGUGGGGCUCUGGCGGUUGCGUAGCUUGGCUUGGACUCACUGUUUGAGGAGUCACACGGACUUCGGCAGGGGGCGGGUUUGAACGUGCAUGGGGGGGGCUGGGUUCGCGGGUGAAGUCAACAAUUUUACGGAGAACUAACUGGGUGCCGCAGGGUGCUACAGACUGGUACGGAGUGCUAAGGAAUGCAGCAACCCUGGGGCCUGGGAGCUGGUGGCACAAAGGUUCAGUGCCCGUAUCUUCCAUCUACACUGUAAAAACUUGCCCCAAAUCCACCGAAGGCGGAGAAUUGUUGGUGGGUUUGGGGCCGCGCAUCUACGCAGUGUGGAUGGUUUGGGCGCAAAUCUGGCGGCAUCGUAGACGGUUUGGGGGGUUUGCCCCCUAAGGACAUGUUUUCGGGGGUCGGUCGGCCUAGGCCAUGGCACUAUACGAGAAGGGUGCGUGGGGGGCUGGUGACUUGGCGUUCAUCGCGUGAGAUGUGCAAAGCUGCAAUAACAUCUGAAUGAGAGUGGGCAAGCAGACUUGGCAGGUACGUGGUACAGCUGUUUCGCAACAAAUGCCGGUUGAGCGGUUGGUCGGUCGGUCGGCCCCUCAAGGCGGGUCCCCUCAACGGGGUUCCCUGGGGAUUUCGGGACGUGGGGUCUGGCACAUUGUUUCCUACCUCCCCUGGCUGCGGUGCGGCUUGUGUAAGAUUCAGAGGCG